AUGGGCUGCAGCUGCAGCAAGCAGCCGGAGCCCCGCAGUGGGCAUGGACCAACAUUGCUGAGCUCGUUGCGCAAACACAGAACCCACAGAGCCCAGAAAGGCCAGAAGAUUCGUGUCUCGUGUCAUGCUUCUGAAGGUUCCAAGUGGCACUUGGAGCUGCUGGCCGUGAGCGAAGACCUCAAAAAACAGCUGCAAGAUCCGCAGUUUGUGGCUACUCGCUGCGACUUGGAUGGCUCAGGAGACUUAGAUCCUCAUGAGCUGCGGCAGGCAGCUCGGGUCUAUGGCAUUGACCCCAGUUCAGGAGACCGCAGCACCGAUCAGCUCAUGGUUGGGCAGCGGAUGAGCAAAGAGAGCUUUGCCGAAAUGGUGGCACUUCGAUCACAGGGACGCACUUUGAUCAGAACUAUUCCGCACUCCUUGCGGGGGAUGGCUUUGGGGCAGUUGCAGCAUCUGGAGACGUUGUUUGUCAAGACUGGAUGGCUAGCUGCAAAGUGCGAGUCCUUCAACACGGAGAACACCCAGGCCAUUGCGAAUGGCACUAGGUUCAAGCAAGGCCCGAACCUCUAUGCGUUGGACACCUUCGUGGUGACCCCCAUGACGAAGCCGGGGGCUUCUGAAGCACGAGAAGUGGAUCGUCAGAGCACGAUCGCAGAAGCAGCUGGGAUGUCAUCGUUCUCGGAGCUGGUGAAUCCCUUCGGCCUCAUCGUUCACUGCUUCGUCUCGCACUUCUGGGGCCAUGACUUUCGAAGCACAGUCACGGCUCUCGAGUUGUGGGCAGCUGAGCACUACCAGACAAUGACUUCGGAGAAGGAGUCCCUGGUCUUCUGGAUCUGCCUUUUUGCCUUGAACCAACACAAUGUGGCUGAGGAGGUAGGGCAAAAUCCCCAGCAGGGCCCCUUCAACGCGGCCCUCGCGCAAGCCACUGGUGGCGCAGUGAUGGUGCUGGAUGAGCAGAUCAAUCCUUUCAAAAGGAUUUGGUGUUUAUUCGAAAUUUCUCGUUUGAAACACUUGCAACAGCCCUUUGAAUUGAUCUGCAGCGAAGGUUCGCUGUCUCGGCCUGAAGCCUCUCAGAACGCUGCUUUAAGCACAGAGAUGCUGCAAGCCACCUGCGAGGCCCUGUGGAGCGUGUCAGCUGCCAAGGCUCAAAGCUCAGUUGCUUCCGACAAGUACCAGAUCUGGGCUGAAGUGGCCGACACGGGCUUCAACGGUGCUAUAGAUGGACUUGGUGCCAGCAAGUUUUUCCAGGCUGUCAUUGAUCAAAGUGGGGCCAAUGGGUUGGAGAAUUUGUUCACGGACUUCGACCGCUACAUGCAAUCGCUCCUUUCCACCACCAUGUUUCAGUUCCUGCUGCGGCGAGCCGAGUAUCGUUUGGCGGCAAAGUGCUGCCGUAGAGGAGCGCAGGUGAAUUCUUCGCAAGUAGUGGAGAUCAGCACCAGUUUCACCCAAGAAAGUGAGCGGACAGCCUGGUUGAACGACAUGCUGAUAGUGGCAUCAGCGUCAGAUGAAUCAAUGGCCAAGCUGCUGUUGGACCUUGGUGCCGAUGUCAGAGCAGCAAGGCAAGAUGGCGGUACAGCACUGAUGGUUGCGGCUCAAUUUGGCCACCUGCAUGUGGCCAAGCUGCUGCUGGAGAACGGUGCCGAUGCGAGGGCAGCAAGGCCAGGUGGGGGCACGGCGCUGAUGCUUGCGGCUCAAGGUGGCUACGCGGAUGUGUGCAAGCUGCUGCUGGAGAACGGUGCGGAUGUCAGGGCCGCAACGCAAAAUGACGGCACAGCACUGAUGCUUGCAGCUGAAACUGGCCACGUGAAUGUGUUCAAGCUGCUGCUGGAGCAGGGUGCCGAUGCGAGGGAAACAAGGAAAGAUGGAACCACAGCGCUGAUGAUUGCGGCUGAAUGUGGCUUCCUGGAUGUGGCCAAGCUGCUGCUCGAACAGGGUGCCGAUGUGAGGGUAGCAAGGCAAGAUGGCACUACAGCACUGAGGCGUGCGGUUCAAUUUGGCUAUGUGGAUGUGGCCAAGCUGCUGCUGGAGCAGGGUGCCGGUGGAAGGGUAGAAAGCCAAGAUGUUGUCACAGCACUGAUGGAUGCGGCUCUAAGAGCGCUGGGUGGUGUGGUUUCCAAGAUUGAUUUUGUGAUUAAACCCAAUGAUCUGUGCAAGCUGCUGCUGGAGAACGGUGCCGAUGCGAGGGCAGCAAAGCAAGAUGGCGGUACAGCACUGAUGGUUGCGGCUCAAGGUGGCUACCUGGCUGUGUCCAAGCUGCUGUUGGAGCGGGGUGCCGAUGCGAGGGCAGCAAGGCAAGAUGGCAAAACAGCACUGAUGUAUGCGGCUCAAGGUGGCCACGUGGAUGUGACCAAGCUGCUGCUGGAGAACGGUGCCAAUGUGCGAGCAGCAAUGAAAGAUGGCGUCACAGCACUGAUGCUUGCGGCUCAUGGUGGCUACAUGGAUGUGUCCAAGCUGCUGCUGGAGCAGGGUGCCGAUGUGAGGGCAGCAUGGCAAAAUGGCGCCACAGCACUGAUGGCUGCGGCUCACUUUGGCUACCUGGAUGUGGCCAAGCUGCUGCUGGAGAAUGGUGCCGAUGCGAGGGCAGCAAGGCAAAAUGGCGGUACAGUGCUGAUGCUUGCGGCUGGAGCUGGCCACGUGGAUGUGUCCAAGUUGCUGCUGGAGAACGGUGCCGAUGUGAGGGCAACAAGGCAAGAUGGCGCUACAGCACUGAUGCUUGCGGCUGAAGGUGGCUACCUGGCUGUGUCCAAGCUGCUGUUGGAGCGGGGUGCCGAUGCGAGGGCAGCAUGGCAAGAUGGCAAAACAGCACUGAUGUAUGCGGUUCAAGGUGGCCACGUGGAUGUGACCAAGCUGCUGCUGGAGAACGGUGCCGAUGUGCGAGCAGCAAUGAAAGAUGGCGUCACAACACUGAUGCUUGCGGCUCAAGGUGGCUACAUGGAUGUGGCCAAGCUGCUGCUGGAGCAGGGUGCUGAUGUGAGGGCGGCAAGGCAAAAUGGCGGUACAGUGCUGAUGCUUGCGGCUGGAGCUGGCCACGUGGAUGUGUCCAAGUUGCUGCUGGAGAACGGUGCCGAUGUGAGGCCAACAAGGCAAGAUGGCACUACAGCACUGAUGCUUGCGGCUCAACAUGGCUACCUGGAUGUGGCCAAGCUGCUGCUGGAGAAUGGUGCCGAUGCGAGGGCAGCAAAGCAAAAUGGCGGUACAGUGCUGAUGCUUGCGGCUGGAUCUGGCCACGUGGAUGUGUCCAAGUUGCUGCUGGAGAACGGUGCCGAUGUGAGGCCAACAAGGCAAGAUGGCGCUACAGCACUGAUGGUUGCGGCUCAAGGUGGCUACCUGGCUGUGUCCAAGCUGCUGUUGGAGCGGGGUGCCGAUGCGAGGGCAGCAUGGCAAGAUGGCGCAACAGCACUGAUGUCUGCGGCUCAAGGUGGCCACGUGGAUGUGACCAAGCUGCUACUGGAGAAUGGUGCCGAUGUGCGAGCAGCAAGGCAAGAUGGUGUCACGGCACUGAUGCUUGCAGCUUUCCAUGGCUACGUGGAUGUGUGCAAGCUGCUGCUGGAGCAGGGUGCCGAUGCGAAGGCAGCAACGCCAGAUGGGGACACAGCGCUAAUGGUGGCAAGGGAGAAUGGCCACGAAGCAGAGUCCACCGAGUGUUUGAAAUUCGUCUCGCGGAUCUUGGUGCAAUGGGGAGAUCCCAUGGUCUAUGUGCAGGCGAGAGCUCGCCUUGCCACGCCCGUCGCGAACUGCUGCGUCAUGGAGUCUCCUUUGGUCAGUUUCGAGAACGAGAGCGAUGUAGGCUCAGAACAGUCGGUGGAGAGUGAAGAGGAUCUUGAGAUCCUGGAGCAGUUGAAGGAGGUCGACGCCAGCGACUUUAAGGAAGUGAACUUUCCACUUGCCAUGUCUCAAGAAGUGCAGAGUGCUUGGGCAGCCUGGAUCAAGCAGGCUGGAUCUAAAGAAGUGGCAGGAGACAACUUCUUCACCCAACUCUUCGAUUCAGCACCGAGUCUCCAAGCGUCCUUCCGCAGUCCCAAGGCGGUGAUCUCAAUGCGCUUCAUGACGGCCUUGAGCCAACUCAUUGUGCUCUUGGACAACGCCACGGUGCUGAAGCGCGAGAUCGAGGCCUUGGCCUUCAAACAUCUGGACGUGGAGGUCACCGCUGUGAAAGUGGCCUUCUUCCGAGAGGCCUUAAUCGAGGUGAUCGAGGAAUCGCUGGUGGAGGGGAUCUUAAGCACCUCUGCGCGGGGCGGUUUCUACUGCCUGGUGAACUACAUCGGGAGCGCCUUUCUCUACGUCCACCGUGAAUAUGCCGGGCGAAUCAGGCUGGUGCUGAGCAGCUGGAACGCGGUGCAGAAGACCAUCGAAGCGGCAGAGCCGGUGCCGGUGCCGGAGGCCGAGGAGAAACAAGAGGGCCGGGAGGAUGAGGGCAGCCAAAAGCAGGACCAGGAUGUGAAAGGCAAGAAUCACGAGAGUGAAGAAGAAGAGAAGGGACAUUACGAGAAGGAGGACAUGUUUGGCCUGGAUGACAAGAAUCCCAUGCGCGUGCCCAGCAACUUCAACGAGAUGAUUCUCUUCAACGCCUCGGUCAUGGGAUAUGGAUCCUGCGAAUGGAUGAAGAUCAUGCUCACGCAGUUCGACGACAUGGUCAGGAGUGUGACGAACUUCUCUCGUUUGCAGGAAGAGUGCGACGUGAUGUCGCUCGUCUUGGCGAAGUAUCGCGGAACCGUCCACCUGCCUGACUUCAAGGCGGUGACGCUGGCGUCUCUUCGCUCGCUGCUGCCGGAGAAGUGGGACUCCGAACACGAGGUGGCCUGGAGUUGGCUGUGGGACAACAUCGAGGGCCUACUGAAAGCCAGCCUUGGGAAACCUGCAGUGCAGGAAGCAUCGCUGACCCGCUUCUUUGAGAGAUAUCCGGAAUCGGUGGAGAAGUUCAAGAGAUCCCUCUUCCCCACCUUCUUGGAGAUCGCUCCGGCGGGCCAGGACUUCUUGAAGCAAUCCUCCACGAGGAUUUUCUUCAUCUCGGACAAAAUCGCCACCUUGGCUCUGGAGAUCUAUCGUUAUCCCACCAGGAUGGUGCAGGAGACCUCGGCCAACGGCCUGCGCCACGUGGGCUACGGGGUGCCCAUCGAGAUGUUUCCACCCUUCGUCUCCGGCGCCGUGAUGGCGAUCCAAGCUCUCACAGACGACGACAUGGUGGUUGAGGCGGUGCGUUUCUCACUGGCCCUGGCCAGCAAAAUCAUGGUGCGGACGUUAUUUGAGGGCUCUACUUUGGUGAUGAAAGCCAUCAACGCGAACAUCCGGAGUCAGUUGAGGAAAGCCAUGGACAUCAUCCCCCGAGGGAAACGUGCAAACGAGCUACUGAAGAUCACAGCAGGUUCGCAGUCGAUUUCGCCCUUCUUCUGGGCCGUGGACUCGGGAGCCCUCAGCUGUGCCCAGAUGAUCCUGGAGGAUCUGCUGACGAUUCGCGCGGACCGCGACGUCUAUUACUACGGCGCUGAUGCUCUGUUCACCCACCACCCGCGCGUGGUCCAACGGCUUUGCGCUACGCCUGUGUUGCUGCCAACGCUGAUGGAUGGUCUGGUGUGGCGUUCGCGGCAGACGCGCGAGGGGGUGCGGCGCGUGAAUUACUAUGUGAAGCACCUGCUGAAAGAUGCCAAUGACGACAUCAGUCAAAACCUGGAGUGGCUGGUGCAGCACGGCGAUCCCGUGAUCAUCCGCCAUCCCACCGUGGUGCUCUUUGCAGACAUUUUAUGGUCCGGACUGGCCAGCUACCACUUCAUGGCCUCGAAGCUUUACUUCCUGCUGACCUUGAGCAUCUUCAUCACAGGGCAGGCAGCCUUGUUUCGCCAUGAGAGUGAGCAGACCACGGUGGAGAAUGUGGUGAUGUUUUGCUGCCGCAUGUUGAAUUAUGUGGGCAGCAUGAUUCCUUUAGCCAUCCACCAGCUGAAGAAAAUCCUCCGGGAUCUGAGCAGCGGCUCCGUGAAAGCCUGUGGGCCCUUCAUCGUGCCGCGGUACUUGUUGAACUUUCAGGAGGCCAUUGGACUGAUCUUGAUGUGGCUUCUGAUCAUCAUGUUCACGCAGGAGCCCUUCUUGUGGUGUUUGAGUUCCGGCUCUAUGACCGUGACCCUCAGCUGUAGCGAUGCGCAAGGGCACCAAGACCUCUACUCCUACUGUGCCUUUCUGGCGAUGAUCUUGUUUUGGGCGCAGCUGUUGGACCUGGCGAUUUUCAGUAUGAAGAUCUUGGCCUAUGUCUUGGUCUGGGGCAACCUGGUGGGAGAUCUUUCCCUCUUUUUGUUGGCCUUGGUCUUCGUGACAGUCGCCUUCUCCUGCAGCAUUGGAUCCCUGUACAGCCACAUGCCUGAGCAGACGGUCGUGGGCUGGAUCGAAGAUUUGACCUUGAUGGCCUUGAGGAUGUUCCCUGCCGAGCACUUCGAAGGCAUCAAGGAGAUCUCCCUGGUGGUGUCGGUGCUCAUGUGCACCUUUGGCUUCACCAUGACCCUGUUCUUGGCCAAUCUCCUGCUGGUGCAGCUGGUGCACACCUAUCACGAGGCCCACAUCAACAUGAAGGGCUUCGCCCGUCUGAAGCGCGCCGGCAUUACCUGUGCCACGCUGAAAGACAUUCGAAAGCUGCGGCGCCAGAAUUUUCUGGCAACGCUGGGGCUGGAGGAGCCCUUGGAAUUCAACGAAGGCGAUGUGGGAAUUCCUGGUGGUAUCCAGGUCUUGGAGCCCAGCAGUGACCACGUUGUCACCGAGGACAGCAUCAAGCGUUUCGGUGGCCCAUCGGCACCUUCAGCCCCCUGGCCCCGCGAGCAUUCCACAGAGGAGGAUGAAGACAAGCUGGCGCACUUAGAGAAGAAAUUAAUGAAGAUCCUCAAGUCCCGUAGCAAGAACCACCGCGUGAGCCGGGGCAGCGUGGGCAGCGGCAGCAACCAUGAUGAAUCCUCCAGCUGCAUGACGGGCCUAACGGGCCUCGGUGUCAGCAUCGUUGACGAUGACUGAGUUUUGGCCCGAUCCGGCACAGCUCUGCCGGUACCAUGGUGCCAUGGU